AUGUCAGAGGGUAUUAGGAGAAUUAGGAAUGAUGCUGACUACUUUAAAUUUAUUGAUAUGGGUUAUAGUGAUGAAAAUGGUCUAAGAAUGAAUGUGUAUAUAGACCACGAAAAUGAACGUGUACUUGAUUGGGCUGAUAUGGAAGUAGUAGAAGAUGAUGAAGAGCAUGAUUUUGAGCAAGACCCGGAUGAUGAAAAUGAUUCACAACUUUCUGAUGAUAUUCCAUACGAACAUGAAGCAGAUGAUGAGAUUCCUUUUCUUGAGAAGACUAUUGGUGAUGAAUUUUUGCACCAAGUGUUAGGUAUUUGUAAGGAUACAAAUAAUGAGAUUGAAACCAACAAUCGGGAUGGAAAACCAGUGUACCCUAUCGAUAAUGAGAACCAUAAAUGGGACAGAAUGAUGCCAAUUCUAGGUAUCAGAUUCUCUAACACUCUAGAAUUGAAAUUUUGUGUGACUAACUAUGCAAUGAAGAAUAAUUAUAACCUUUAUUAUGAGAAAAAUGAUAGUUAA